GUCACGGCCUCAGCUGAGCGGUGCUGGUUGAAGGGGCACGUGCGCUGCUGAAUGGAGCUGGUAGCUGGUUGUUACGAACAGGUCCUUUUUGGGUUCGCUGUCCGCCCCGAGCCAGAUGCAAGCGGCGACCAAGAGCAAAAAUGGACUUCUGUGGCUGACUUCACCUACCAUGCCCACACCGCCUCGUUGUCAGCAGUGGCUGUCAGUAGUCGUUUUGUAGUCACUGGCAGCAAAGAUGAAACGAUCCACAUAUAUGACAUGAAGAAGAAGGUAGACCACGGGGCUCUGGUGCAUCACAGCGGUACAAUAACUUGCCUGAAAUUCCAUGGCAACAGGCACUUAAUCAGUGGGGCCGAAGAUGGACUCAUUUGUGUCUGGGAUGCAAAGAAAUGGGAGUGCCUGAAGUCCAUUAAAGCUCACAAAGGACACGUGACCUUCCUUUCUAUUCACCCAUCUGGCAAGUUGGCCCUGUCUGUGGGUACAGAUAAGACGUUAAGAACAUGGAAUCUUGUGGAAGGAAGAUCAGCAUUUAUAAAAAAUAUAAAACAAAAUGCUCACAUAGUGGAAUGGUCCCCAAGAGGGGAGAAAUACGUAGUUGUUAUACUGAAUAAAAUAGAUGUCUACCAAGUGGACACUGCAUCUGUGAGUGGCACCAUCACAAACGAAAAGAGAGUGUCUUCGCUCACAUUUCUCUCAGAGUCUGUCCUGGCAGUGGCUGGAGAUGAAGAAGUUGUCAGGUUUUUUGACUGUGAUUCACUAAUGCGUCUCUGUGAAUUUAAAGCUCAUGAUAACAGGAUAAAGGACAUGUUCAGUUUUGAAAUUCCAGAGCAUCAUGUUAUUGUUACAGCGUCAAGUGAUGGCUUCAUCAAAAUGUGGAAGCUUAUGCAGAAUAAGAAAGUUCCUCCAUCUUUACUCUGUGAAGUAAAAACUAAUGCCAGGCUGACAUGCCUCGGAGUGUGGCUAGACAGAGCGACAGAUGCCAAAGAAAGCCUUCCUCCGGCUGCAGAGCCUUCCGUUGUAAGUAAAGAAGAAUCUCAAAUCAACAAAAAGGAAGCUGGCAAUAUGGUGCAGGAGGAAGAAAGGCAGUCCAAACCUAAGAAGAAAUGUGGUUUAACUGAUGCCAGGAAUAAGCCAACGAAAGGAAAUAGCCUGGUGUCAACCAAGAAGAGGAAAACGGUAGAAACGUUGGAAAAAAAGAAGAGAAAAAAGAAGAAAAUUGGAGUGAUACAGUGAAUCCCACAUUUCUUAUAUGAGAAAAACUUCUUAGAUGGAAUAAUUCUAUACAGAUGUGCCUCCCUGCCCUCCACGAGUAAAAGCUAGAAAUUUCUUCUUUUGGAGAAAAUGUACAUCUUAAAAAGAACACAUUUAGGUGUUUUUUAUUUUUUUUGAAGAAUAGUAAAAAAUGUUUUGGUAGGCAGUGUAUAUAUCAUGGAGAUAUAUGGUAUGUUAAUGUAUAAUAUAUAAUUUUUACCAUUGUAUAAAGCAAAUAAAGAUCUUUCUCAAUAUUGUAGUUUGAAAAUAACAGUUUUGAACACAUUCUUUAGCAGAG